CUCUGGGCUAAACUCUUUGUUUGGAGCUUCUUCUUCACUGAGUUAAGUGUUCAGGGACUGUAAAGGUGUAGACUUUAUAACGAAAUAUGCUGGUUAGUCUAGGUUUCUUCGUUGAAGAUUCUGUUUACAAUGUUGGGUUUGAUUCAUGUUCUUGAUUAUGCCAAAACUCAGUUCCUGGUUCAUCAUCAUCCUCUCUUGGUUCAUCAUCUCUUUCGAUUUCGUUGUGGUGUAAGAGAAGGGGCUUUGGAGAUUAGUUCCCAGUGGGGAGAAGAAGGAUAGUCACACAGGGUAAUAAGAGGAGAAGAAGCUGGUGGCAGAGGUUUUUCUUUGAUGAUAUGAAUGGGAACUGGCUUGGUUUUGAGGGACGACGACAUUGUUGAUGAGCCAUCUGAGCUUGCAAAGGAUGAUGAGAUGUCUGAUGAAGACAAGUUCGAGACUCGGAAGAGACGAGCAGAGGCCAUUGUGGAGCUGCGGGAAGGUCAGGAGGAGAGAUUGGGGAUAAUGAUUAUGAUGGUGAUGUGAGCAGGAAAUGGGAGGAUCGAAUUGUUGAGUCAGACGGUAGUUUAGUUGAGUCUUGGAGCCGAUGCUAUCUAUGCUGGUCUUGAGGGAAGUGACGACCAAUCAGAGCUUGAUGAGUUAACUGGUCCUGAGAGAGAGGGUUGGUUUAAAUGGUGAGGGAUAUGGUUUUAGGAGUAGAAGAGAAUAAGAUAUUCUAUACGAAGGAGACUGUGUUUUUGCUUAUGCAUUUUCAAAAUCUGCAACGGAAUUUUUAGCUCGUGCCCUUUUUAGGCAACAGGUAAUUUCUUUGUUUACUACAGUUAAGUUCCCCGGAUUAUUUCUCCAUUUACAUUUGUGUUAGUCCCCAGUUUGAUUGUUUGGUAUGUGUCUUUGCUUCCACAACUGUACCACUUGCUGGCUAGACGCUUUAAUGUGAGACGCAGUCAGAAGCUAGAAAUGGUGAAGGAACUGAACAGAAAAAAAGCUAGGUACCCUAGAUUGGCAAAUCUCCAUCUCUUUCUGAGGAUGAGUUAUGGUGGGAGGUUGCAGGCUUGGAGCUGAGAGAGGAGUGGAGAUUAGAGAACCGGAAAGCAUUUGCCAACAUAUGGUCUGAUAUGGGGUUUGGGAUUUCGCUGUUCGUUGCCAAUCAUUGGUAGCCUUGUUGAAAUUUACAGGAUGUAAGAUCAUAAACCACAUUUCAGACACAGAAAAAAACAUUUCUCAUCAUCCUUAUCACCGACAUAUUCAUGGGAUGGGUAAUGUAACAUCAAAUGUGGCGGCCAAGCUCGCCUUCUUUCCGCCUGAACCGGCUACAUACGGCAUAACGAAUGAUGAGGAGACCGGGAAGCUGGUCUUCUCAGGAGUCUCACCUGACAUGAACAUGGAAGUCCAUCAGCUCACCACAAAGUCAGGCAACAGAGUUGUGGCCACGUUCUGGAGACACCCUUUUGCUAGAUUCACGCUUCUUUAUUCCCAUGGCAAUGCAGCUGAUCUUGGCCAAAUGGUUGAGCUCUUUAUCGAGCUACGUGCUCAUCUCCGCGUCAACAUCAUGAGUUAUGACUAUUCAGGCUAUGGAGCUUCAACAGGAAAGCCGUCUGAGUUCAACACCUAUCAUGACAUCGAGGCAGUGUACAAUUGCUUGAGAAGCGAUUAUGGUGUAAAGCAAGAGGAGGUGAUUCUGUAUGGACAGUCUGUAGGAAGCGGGCCAACGUUGCAUAUGGCUUCAAGGUUGAAGAGGCUGAGAGGAGUUGUUCUUCACAGCGCCAUCCUCUCUGGCAUUAGAGUCCUGUAUCCUGUCAAAGUGACACUCUGGUUCGAUAUUUACAAAAACAUAGACAAGAUACGCCAUGUCAGCUCUCAAGUUCUUGUAAUACAUGGCACAAGUGAUGAGAUUGUGGAUUUGUCUCACGGGAAGCGGUUGUGGGAGCUGGCCAAGGAGAAGUAUGAUCCGUUAUGGGUGAAAGGAGGAGGGCACUGCAACUUAGAGACGUAUCCUGAGUACAUUCAGCACCUGCGCAAGUUCAUUAACGCAAUGGAGAAACUCUCUUUAACCAAUCCACCAUCCAAACAACUAGCCAAUGAGCCUAGUAUCACUGAAACUAAGCAUAAUCGGUGCUUGAGAUUGAGGAAAAGGUAGGAUUGGUUUUGGGGAGGUAAGUAGCAGAAUCAGAAGACAAUUGUGGUAGAGAUUCCUUCAUGUGCUUUCAACUCAGAAACUGCUCAAUGGGAUCUCUUCAGACCCAAAACCUUAUGCAGAGUCAUUUCCUCAGUGUGAUAAAAGAAACAAUGCUAAACACCGGCUCACAGACAGACAAUGGAGGAAGAAAGAUCAUCUAGGGAUGUAUUUACUCUAGAAUGUAGCUUUCUGUUCUUUGAUAUUCCUGUAAAAACAUGCAUUGUAACACUAAGUUUGGGGGUAGUGGACAACAUCAUUACUUGUGGUAGAAGCUAACAGAUUUAAGAUGUAAGAUAAAAUACAGAACCAACUUAGUGGCAGUGAAAGGGACAAUCAUAAUUAUGUA